CGAUUUUCGACGGCGAGCAACAACCACGACGACAAACCAUCUUCGACCAUCCGCGACCCAUCUCACGCCUUUCGCCAACAAUACCGUCGAGAUGUCUUCCGGCAACAACCACAGACUAUAUGUGAAAGGCAAGCACUUGUCAUUCCAGCGUGGCAAGCGCAACACGAACCCCAACACCUCCUUGGUGAAGAUCGAAGGUGUCGACGACACCAACGCCGCAAAAUUCUACCUCGGCAAACGCGUCGCAUUCGUCUACCGAGCCUCAAAAGAACGACAAGGCAGCAAGAUCCGAGUCAUCUGGGGAAAGGUCACCCGCCCUCACGGCAACAGCGGUGUCGUCCGAGCCAAGUUCAAGCACAACCUUCCUCCCAAGAGCUUCGGUGCUAGCGUCAGAAUCAUGCUGUACCCAAGUUCGAUAUAAUUUCUCCUUGGAGUGGUAGAGAAAUGGUGAGAGGAAAGUGGGAAAGGUCUGUUGUCGGAUAACCGGCAGACUGAACUGGUCAUGGCCUCCGACCGUGAGCACGCCUCUGCACGGCCAGCUCGUACCUCGAUGAUCGCGACUGGAGAAGAAUGAUGGUCAAUAUUGAAGAUUUGCCUGCGGAGUGGCUGGCAUCUUACGGACAAGACAACCACCAGAAGCUUGAGCGCACACGGUUACUAUGUGCAUGAAUCAAAAGAAAUACCAACAAAACUUGAAGUGCCCAAUCAAGGGGUUUGCUCGAGAUUUCUCGAUGCGUUUUGGUGACGAGGAUUUUGGUGUUCUUCCCUUGCAGGUUCUGUCCAUGUCUUCCUGUCUGGCUGCUAGUCGUCUCUGACCUACUAACCCGUGACACCACCGUCGUGUUCAGCCCCCGGCAAAUUUUCCCGGCAGUCAGUGAGGCAUUCAAGCGCUCUGCAUGGCAAGGUAAAUUGCGUGGCAGGUACUGUUUCCCCAUUCCGUCGCGUAACCGAACCACAAUAGGAUCGUUGCUUUGCACUCGCCUGCACAGGGCGCCCUCGCUCUGC